CACUGGCCAUUCGUGAGAGGUGGGCAUUUCUUGACAAUCAUGAAGACGAGCCAUCUCAUACAGAGAAAAAAGACAAAGAGCUUGAGCCUACUUACAAGUACAAUCAGCCGGCGUACCUUGAUCGACAUCUGCGGACUGCCGCGGAAAUCGAGGAAUGUUUGAAAAAGAACGAAAUUAUUCCAAAUUUCUUCCCCAUCUCUCCUAAAUACGAGGCAUUUGUAACAUUCGAGGGUGGUAUAGAGCCAAACAUGGGAAAUGUGAUAAGACCGGAACAAGCUUGAUUCGGUCCGCAUACAAUCGCCUUUAAAUAUGAACCCGACCGCUACUAUUGCAUUGUCAUGACAGGUCUCGAUGAGCCUCCCAGAACAAUCCGACCGAAAGAGAGUUUCUUCAUUGGAUCAGUGGGAACUUUAUAACUGAUAGCUUUCUAGCAGGAGAUGACAUAAUCCAAUACUACCCCAUCUUAC